GUCCCACGGCCGCGUGGUACUUCCCUGGUAUUGGAGCUUGCGGAGGCGCGCCGUUGGUGCUACUUCUUCGGCGGCUGAUUGCGAGCACUUUCACUCGGCUGCCUUGUAAAUCUGCUUAAAUAGAGGUCAGGUGUUGGCUUGUGGUUAUGGACCUGGGGCCCUGGGGUACGAGCACAGAGUAAUAGCACUUGCUGCUCGCAUAGGUGUGUAAGAAGCUGAAGAAACUGCUUAGACGCUGCCAAUAUUGACUUAUUUUUAGAUGAGCUGCUCCUUUUUCCAGCAACCUGACUAAUAGAAUGCUUAAUGGCAAAUGUUCCCGUUUCUUUCCUGCAAGUGUGGCUUCCAAAUAGCCACUAUUUACUUUUCACAUUUUAAACUGCAUUGGAGAUCAGAAACAAGCGAAGGAGGAACAGUUACUGCUGCGUAUCUCUCACGGAGGUUUAUCAGUAAUAAAGGUUGCUGUUCAGUCUCCUUGACCAAGUUUUCUGGCUUCCUCCUACUGCCCAGCCCUUGUAAAGAGAGGCACAGCAAGAAGCUGCAUGUGGUGGUUGGUGCUGCCUGCCUUUAUUUCUUUCUGCUGGUGCUGGUGAUGCAGGGAGUGCAGGUAUGCCCGUUUUAGCCAAAAUAACACUUGAGGACGAGAGCAAGAGGUGUGUCCUUUUCGGGCAGUGAUUGCCUCCUUGCUUAGUGGUGUUGAGGUGUUCUGGUGCCCGGUGCACUGUUCUGGCAGAGCCCCUGGCUAUAACGCCGGCCCAGUGACGAGAGGCAGACAUGGCCCAAGCGCCCACUGACCCCAGCAGCGCAGAAGCUGCGGACCCUGAGGAGAGCUCUCCAAACAUGAUCGUCUACAGGAAGAUUGAAGACAUCAUUACGAGAAUGCAGGAUGACAAAACUGGUGGAGUUCCCAUCCGAACUGUCAAGAGCUUUCUGUCUAAAAUCCCCAGUGUCGUCACCGGUGCUGAUAUUGUGCAGUGGCUUAUGAAGAACCUCAGCAUUGAGGAUCAAGGGGAAGCAAUACACUUGGGAAGUCUUAUUGCUGCACAGGGUUAUGUCUUUCCAAUCUCAGACCAUGUCCUUACCCUGAAAGAUGAUGGGACAUUCUAUCGUUUUCAGGCACCGUACUUUUGGCCUUCAAACUGCUGGGAGCCAGAAAACACAGAUUAUGCCAUCUAUCUUUGCAAACGGACCAUGCAGAACAAAGCUAGGCUGGAGCUGGCCGAUUAUGAAGCCGAAAACUUAGCAAGACUUCAGAGAGCAUUUGCAAGAAAGUGGGAAUUCAUCUUCAUGCAAGCUGAGGCCCAAGUGAAAAUAGACAGGAAAAAGGAUAAAACAGAAAGGAAAAUUUUGGACAGCCAGGAAAGAGCCUUCUGGGAUGUGCACAGGCCUGUGCCGGGCUGUGUGAACACCACAGAAAUGGACAUCAGAAAGUGUCGUCGUAUGAAGAACCCACAGAAGGUGAAAAAGUCAGUGUACGGGGUUACAGAGGAAUCUCAGCCCCAAAGCCCUGUACAUGUGCCCUCCCAACCCGUACGCAAAACUACAAAAGAGGAUUUCCGGAAACAAAUAACUUUUCUGAACCUGCAGAUAGACAGGCAUUGUUUAAAGAUGUCAAAAGUAGCAGAAAGUUUAAUAGCGUACACAGAGCAGUAUGUGGAAUACGACCCCUUUAUCACUCCUGCUGAGCCUUCCAAUCCCUGGAUAAGUGAUGAUGCAGCUUUGUGGGACAUUGAAAUGAGCAAAGAACCUAGUCAGCAGCGUGUGAAAAGAUGGGGCUUCUCCAUGGAUGAGGUGCUGAAGGACCCGGUAGGACGAGACCAGUUCCUUCGUUUCCUGGAAUCAGAGUUCAGCUCAGAAAACCUCAGGUUCUGGUUGGCUGUCCAAGAUCUCAAAAAACAACCUCUACAGGACGUGACCACCAGAGUGGAGGAAAUCUGGCAAGAGUUUCUAGCUCCUGGGGCCCAGAGUGCUAUCAACCUGGAUUCCCACAGCUAUGAGAAAACAAGCCAAAAUGUCAAAGACCCAGGGAGAUACACAUAUGAAGACGCACAGGAGCACAUUUACAAGCUGAUGAAGAGUGACAGCUAUGCGCGCUUCCUCCGUUCAAAUGCUUACCAGGACUUAUUGCUGGCAAAGAAGAAGGGGAAGUCUCUGGCCAGCAAGCGCUUGACGGGCCUGAUGCAGUCGUCCUGACAGCCACCCCACCAGUCUGCCGCCCCACCAGCGAGGGCAGGGUGCCUCGGGGGACAGCAGGAGCAGAGAGCAGCUCAGCGAGGGACAGCCCACCUGUCACCAAUUACAUCAACACUUCAUCUGCACAGCUUCGUAGGGACACCGAGCUCUGCACGGGGACUUGGAUUCCUGCUUGGGUUUGGAGGAGCACAAGCCACGGUACACAGGAAGCAACAAGGCAAGGGCUUGGUGUGUUGUUAUUUAAGGAAACAGACCUCACCACUGCUUGGAGAAAGAGGAACUGAGAGAGAUGAGUGGUUUUGCUUCACCUCUUCUCUUCCUAGCACAGACACGGCUGUAAAAGAUGCCACUGCAAUCCCAUUUGCUCCUUUUCCUGUGGCCAUCUGGAUCCAAUAAAAUAUCUGCUGGAAGCUGCUGCUCCUUUCCACAAAGUAUCAAAUGCAUCUCUCCUGCAGAUCCAUUGACUUCAGCUUUGUUUUUUCUUUCCUAUGUCUCUCCUCCUCUAAAAUAGCAGGGGAAAAUGGCCCUCAUUAAGUUUGUCACUCACUGUCCUUCCAAUGGCAUGUAGCAUGUCCAAAGACCAUGGUCAGAUCCUCAUCCAGAGGCAGGAGACUUUGAGUGGCUUACGUCACCUGAGGAUCUGCCCCACUGCGUCAGACUGAUCUUGGUGCAUAUCCUCCGACAUCGGCGGGAUUGCUCUGCAUGUACGUUUAGUGCAAGACUGCCUGACGUAGUUGUGUUUUAGAUGUAUGAUGCACAUAUGCACAAACAAACACACAGACACACACAUGAGGUAUUGAAAAGUGAGUUGUUUUCUAUUGUAUUUGGUUUUCUAUUUAUUUGAGGUUUUGCAUACUUAUUCGAUGAUGGAUGUUCAAGUUUUACUCCCAGUAGGUAGAGUUGAACCACUUAGAGGAAAUUUAGCCCUAACUACAGAGGGCCAAAAUCUGUUCAUGCAUAUACAGGGAAAAGUAAUUCUGCGUAGGCAUGUGUAAUGGAGAGCAAAAUUCAGUCUGCAGCAAGGAGAGAUCUGAUGGAGAAAGGCUUGGCAGAAGCAGUUUGUGGCUGUGCAAAUGCUUGGGUACCUGUAAUUCAUCUGAUGAGGAGCCCAUGAAUACAACUGCAAGGGAUGACCCAAUAGCUUGUUUCAGAACAUUGGAAUUAUGGAGGUUAGGUUGAAGACGGAGCUGAAAUGACUUGGUUAAUGACAAAACUCACAUUAUACUAGCUGCAGAUAUGUAAAAUGGAUUGCAUUUACUUACAGUAUACUGCCUAUAUACAAAAUUUCCAAUUUCAAUUGACUUAGUACCACAAAACCUCCUGUACUUUAUAACCAGUUCAGAUCUGAAGUGUAUGUGAAAAUAGACACUCGGUCUUCUUCCCUCAUGCCAAGCCAAGCUGUUGGGUUUUUUUUUGUGCAGGUGGUAGAAAUUGCUAUAUGGCUACACGUCUGCAUUCCUAUCUAGGCAAAAUUAUCUAUCUUGCUAAGUAGACAGCUGGCUAACAAUCGUAUUUAUUUCUGUGGCAAAUAUUAUCCUAAUAUCUGAGGCUAAUGUAUGCACAAAAUCAGGCCAGCAUAGUUUCCGCCAGUAAAAGGACUUUCCUUCUUUACCCAUGAAUUUUCUCAUUUUGAUACCUCAAUUAUUUUUCCCAGACAGCUUCUGAUAUCAGUUUUAUGUAAGGUCUAUAGGACUCUCUACACCUGCAUGACUAUACGGUAGAGUACUGAAUAUGGUAUUUGUUGUUUACACUUACCUAGUUCCCAUAAUCAGCCUAUUAUCUGGGGUCUUCAGACCAAAUUCGUCCUACAGUACAUGGCAGACAAGAGCUCCAGGACUGCAGAACCAUCGUGGCUGUGCCUGUACAUACAGGUGACAUUUUGCCUCUGAUGGGGACAUUCGGACGUUUGCUGAUUGUCACUCAACCAUCUCAGCAGGACCUGUCCAUUCCAUGCUGACCACCCAGCCAGAGGCUCCCCUCUGGCAGUAGCAGGUCUUUGUGCAACAGCCCCAGUCGUCCAGCCAUGCACACUCACAUUUGUCCCCUUGUACCACCCCUAAGAACAUACUGUGUGCUGCCUGUAGGUAAUUUGCUGGGUUUGAACAGCCGAGAGCAUGGGGGGAACUGCAGACAGCGAGCACACAUAUGGGCAUACAUCAGGGGGCCUGGAUGCUGAACAGCUUGCCAUCUAAAUGCACACUCGCACAGCUAAUCUGCUCAGCAGUGGCGAGCCGAGCGGAUGGAGCUGCGUAUGCUCUGCAGAGGGGAGAGCUCCCCUUCUAGCUUCCUGCCCAAAUUUCUCUGAGACAAACAUCAUGAGAGCAGACAGGCCCUCCUCCCACGUUCAAAUGAACAGGAGCACGUUCAAAUGGCUGUUCACGUGUCUUUUACUUCACAUAGGACAAUGCUAAUGUGUAACUAUUUCCACGCAACCUGCAUCCUUGAAUUACUGCUGUUUAAUGACAUCACUUAUUGCAAGUGAUGCUUCUCUUGCGCACUCGCCAGUGAGCAGUGAGCACCACCCACUGAGUGCUGCAAGCAGUAAUCUGCUGCUUUAUAAGCAUCCAUGUCUUCCAGCUACCUCAUCGCCCAGAAGAUGAGUUAGGAAAUCAGUUUUCCACCUCUCCUUAUGUUCUCAAUGGCAUUGUUUCAAGAAAAAGCAGGCUGGAAAGCUUUUACAAUCUCCAUGCUGUGAAAGCUAGCCACCAGGCAUCCCAUACCUGCAGGGCUAUGGCUGUGAAAUACAGCUGUACACUGUUAUUUGGAUAAUGGAAUAUCCAGAGCAUUAAUGGCCAUCGUAGUGGACCAGCACCAGGACAAGCACGAGGAGGGUUUGACAGGUCACUGCUAUGUUAGGCUAAGGCAUAUGGAUUAAUACAUUCUAUGUAUGUAUAACUCAGUGCUAAAAUCCCAUAGAGUACUGUAAUAAAAUGGUAGCAGGGCAGCCAUAAAAAGCCACAGCAAGCUGACAUAAUAAUACCAGGAUAAAUGUAGCAAUAAGGUAACACAGGCCACUGCAGUAAAGUAGCAUUUGGUAAUGCAGCAAUAAGACACAACAGGACGCUGCAGUAAACUAGUUUGGGGAGUAAGGCAGAAGUGAUGGCAUGUGUGGGCAAUCUGUGGUGUAUUUGUGUCAGGUACUGCAGCAAUAAAGCCAACACAAGGUGUGCUAGUAAUAAGUUACUACAGUAACAGCAACAUGAUGCACUGUACAGCUAUAUCAGGAUGCUUCCAUGCUGCAGGCAAGUCCUACAAGACAUGGUAGUGAGACAGUGAAGGCAACAUGUGCCCCAUUUCUGUAAAAAAUGGGUCUAUUCUCUGCAUAGUAACUAAGAUCCUGGAAUGGUCUCGUCAGCACAAAUCCUGUCCGCUCCUGCUUUCAAGAAAGCUGAGGUGAGAACAUUCCCCCAUCCAAUUGCUUAUAUUGGUCUGGAAAUGCUAACUCAACUCAUUGUCUUUUUGGCCAGAUUUUCAAGGAUGGUGAAGUUCUUCAGUCAGUCCUCACUCAGGUGACACUGGCAAUUCCUUGGUCCUUUGCCUUGGGAAGGCUUUGGCUCUGUCAUCUCCUGGAAUGGGUGGUGCUUUCAGCCUACAGCUAUUUCUCUUUUGGGGUGGGGAUGGGAAACCAGGUACAGGACAUCUGACUGUACUGCCCUGUUUCCUGAAAUGCACAAAUAAAUUGAGCAUCCUGGAAAAGUCAAA